AUACGGACUUAGAAAAACAGAAAUGUUGUUCUUUGUGGAAGUCAUUGAUGAAAUUCUAUGUAUUUUAGCCCGCAAACUUUCUUCAAACAAAAACAGCGCCAUCUAGUAUCGAGUUCUGUAAUUAUCUCUUUGUUUAUGGAUUUGAAGUAAGACCGCCACGCAUGCAAUACAUUAUGACUGGGGAUUCCCCUAUUCGUCGACGCUGAAUAUGAGGCGACGACAAUCACUGUCAAACGUGUUCACUAUUACUCUGACUCUGGUAACGUGACUUCCUGGUAACGUGUUAGGUAGGAAAAGCAGUAAAAAAGUGCAUAUUAAGGGAGCAGAUUUGAAAUAAUAUUUAUACUUAACAAGAAAUAAUUAAAGGUUCAAUGGGGAGACCUAAAGAUUUACGCAUAUGGGAGCACUACCGUACUUUACCAAACAAGUCUGUUUCUUGCAAGCUUUGUAAUAAGGUCUACAAAUUCAGUAAUGCUGCCAAAAUGCUUCAACAUCUUAUCACUUGUCCAAAAUCUCCAGAAACAUUAAAAGACUCUAUGAAACUUAUAAAAGAUAGCUCGUCCAAAACCAAAAUGUCUGGACUGUCAGAGAUAGAGACAAAUGAUUCUUUUAUAAGCCCCUCGUCGUCUGCUAACACUACAAUAAAUGCUGAGUUUCAAGACACCGAUGAUCAUAUAAAAACAGAAUUAGCGAGAGCUAUAUUUGUAACAGGGACGCCAUUAUCGAUGGUGCAACAUCCUUUAUGGAUACAAUUUUUCGAAAAAUUGCAACCAAAAUUUAAAAUACCUUCACGUAAAGCUUUAGCGACAAAAUACUUAGAUAAAAUAUAUAGAGAAAUGCGUUUUGAGUUAAAUGAGGAACUAAAUGCUUGUAGUUACUUACACCUUCAGUGCGAUGGCUGGUCUAAUUUAAGAAAUGAAGGAAUAAUAAACUUUCUUAUAUCAAAACCUCAACCUGCAUACGUUAAAAGUUUGAAUACAGAAAGUAAUCCUCACACUAGUGAAUACCUUAGCCAAGAAGUUGAAAAAGUAAUGAAAGUGUAUGGAGCAAAUAAGUUUCUUGUACUUAUUGGCGAUAACGCUAGAAAUAUACAAAAGGCAUUCGAAUUAACAAAACUCAAAUAUCCACAUGUUGUUCCUCUCGGUUGCUGUGCACAUAUCCUUAACUUGUUGUGCCAAGAUAUUGUAAAGAUACAAGAAGUAACUGUGUUUAUUAUGCAAGCCAUAAAUAUAAUAAAAACUGUUAAAAGGAGUCAACGAUUAAGUUCCUUGUUGAUAAAAUCAAGGCAGGGUGAAGAUUCUACACAAACACUAAAAUUGCCUUGUGCUACAAGAUGGGGAAGUCAUGUUACUUCGUUAAAAAGUUUGAAAGCAAAUAAGAUAGCUUUGCAAAUAUUAACAGUUAGAGAAGAUGUGGUAAUUUCAAGAGAUAUUAAAGAUUUAAUUCUAAGUGAUGAUUUCUGGACGAAGACAGGGGAAUGUAUAAGUAUUUUGGAACCAGUCACUGAAAGCAUAUUUUACUUAGAGAGCGACCAGAAUCGUUUGCAUCGCACAUACAUUACAUUUAGAGAUGUACAAGCUAAGAUACGUUUUGCAUUAAAUGAGAUUUCGACAUUGAGCGAAGAAAGCAAACAGCAGAUUCUAACAUCAGUAUCUUCAAGAUGCAAUAUGGCAAUGAGGCCAAUACAUUUUGCAGCAUAUAUUCUAGACCCCAGGACUCUAGGAGUCGAACUUACUCAAGAGGAAGAACUUAAGGGUAUGGAGUUUAUCUACAAUUUAAGCCAACACUUAAGUUUGUCAAAUGUAAUGGCAGAUUUGGCGUGUUAUAAAGUGUAUAUUUUAUUUGUGUAUAUUUUAAAGUGGUAGAGCCACGCUGUAAUACCAUAUGGUAUUGCAGCAUGAAUGGGCCGGCUCGACCGGGGAAGUACCACACCCUCACAGAAUACCGACGCUAAGUGGCCGCACUUUUAGUGCGACCACAUUCCGUAUGGUGAGUGAGGGAGUCCGGAGGCCCAUCCUAUACCCAUCCCCUUCCUUAUCCUAAAAUCCUCCCCCAACUCCGUCCCCCCAUCUUUCAAUACCAUGGCAGUGGAAUUUAAAAAAAAUAACGUACCCCAGGGAGGUACCAGCAGCCAUGUUGCUGGAGAAUCCUCCCUCGAGCAACCACGCUCGGGCUGCCCUGCGUAUUCUGGGGGGGGCAAAAUUCCGCUCUAUGGGACCAAGGGCAAACAGAGCAAGACUUCUGCGGCAUCCCCUUUGCUCAAUGUGAGCCUCUGUAAUAUUAGGGGAAUUCAUUCAAACCUGAACGCUGUCCACCACCACCUAGAAACGGCGCGGCCGGCAUUGCUCUUCCUCACGGAGACACAGAUAUCCCCUCCUAACGAAACAUCAUACCUGACCUACCCGGGGUAUAAGCUUGAACAUUGUUUUGUUUCGCGUGCCGGUGUAUGUGCGUAUGUCAGAGAGGAUAUCUGCUGUCGACGCCUUGGGACUCUUGAAGGUACGGACCUGUCCAUUCUAUGGCUGCGCGUAGAUUGCAAUGACCAUCCCCGCAUCUAUGCGUGCCUAUACAGGUCCCACAGCGGUAACACUGGAACCGACCAACUCAUUGAGCACGUCCAAAUGGCUAUAGAUUCCCUGCUUGAGCAGAUUCCUUCCGCUGAAGUCGUGAUUGUUGGCGACUUUAAUGCCCACCAUGCCGAAUGGCUUGGUUCGCGUACAACCGACUAUGCGGGAAGAUCUGUUCAUGACUUUGCUUUGGCUUAUGGUCUGACACAGCUUGUUUCCUCGCCUACGCGAAUCCCUGAUGUAUUGGACCAUUCACCUUCACUGUUGGACCUUCUGCUGACCACCCACCCAGACAACUAUGUGAUCUCCGUCGAAGCCCCGCUUGGAUCGUCGGAUCACUGUUUGGUGCGG